ACUGCUAAAGCUGACGUCGACUUCUGCAGCAAAAUGGCGACGUUGACAGCAGCCGUGCAGACGAACCAUCCCAAUUCGAUAUUAUCCCGAAAACAGACAAAAGGGACGACCCAGAGCGGAGCAAAUAAGAUGGGCAAAGGUGUGCUUUUAUGUCUGACACUAGCCUCUUUGAUGAGCCCAGCGUUGGCUGAUGGAAAGACUCUGGUCCUGCUGGACAACGUGAAUAUCCGAGACACCCAUUCAAUCUUCUUCCGCAGUCUCGCAGAUCGUGGUUUUGACCUGUCAUUCAAGACAGCAGAUGACCCCUCUCUGUCGCUGAUCAAAUAUGGCCAGUUUCUCUAUGACCAUUUAAUCAUCUUUGCACCAUCUGUGGAAGAUUUCGGAGGAAACAUCAAUGUGGAGACCAUUACAUCAUUCAUCGACGGCGGUGGAAACGUCCUUGUUGCUGCCAAUUCAGACAUUGGUGACCCUUUAAGAGAGCUGGGCAGUGAAUGUGGCAUUGAAUUUGAUGAGGAGAAGACCGCCGUAAUCGAUCAUCACAACUUUGAUGUGUCCGAUCCUGGCGAGCACACUUUAAUCGUCGCCGACCCAGAGAACCUGUUGAAGGCCCCAACUAUUGUGGGAACGCCCACCAACAAACCCAUUCUGUUCAAGGGUGUCGGCAUGGUGGCAGACCCAGAAAACCCCCUUGUCCUGGACAUUCUGACCGGCUCCUCCACCUCCUACUCCUUCUUCCCCGACAGGCCUAUCUCUCAGUACCCCCAUGCAGUUGGUAAGAACACCCUGCUGAUUGCCGGCCUCCAGGCCCGCAACAACGCCAGGGUGGUCUUCAGUGGCUCCAUGCACUUCUUCAGUGACGCCUUCUUCAACUCCCCUGUACAGAAGGCUACUCCUGGAUCCGAAAGAUUUGAGCAGACUGGCAACCUGGAGCUGGCUGAGGCUCUGUCCAGCUGGGUGUUCAAGGAGGCCGGGGUCCUCCGCGUGGGAGCCGUCACCCAUCGCAAAGUGGGCGAGACCACUCCCCCCGCCGCCUACACCAUCGCUGAUCUGGUGGAGUACAGCGUGGUCAUUGAGAUGCUCUCUGAGGGCCGUUGGGUUCCCUUCAACGGUCACGACAUUCAGCUGGAGUUUGUGAGGAUCGACCCCUUCGUCAGGACGUACCUCAAGAAGAACGGAGGCAAAUAUAGUGUUGAGUUCACACUGCCUGAUGUCUAUGGAGUGUUCCAGUUCAAAGUAGACUACAACAGACUAGGAUACACGCAUCUGUACUCUGCCACUCAGGUAUCUGUGCGUCCAUUGCAGCACACUCAGUACGAGCGCUUCAUCCCAACUGCCUAUCCCUAUUAUGCUAGUGUCUUCUCAAUGAUGGCGGGCCUCUUCGUCUUCAGCAUCGUCUUUUUGCACAUGAAAGAAAAGGAGAAAUCUGAUUAAGGACGUGAAAAAAAUGUGUCAUUGCGAUUUGAGUUAGAGCGUGAGGGUAUUUGUGACUUGAUACGAUAGAAACUUUGUACUUCAGCCCUCUUUGAAAGUUUGGCUUAUGUUGGGUUAUCUGGUGGAUAAAUAAACAUUUUUUGGAGGCCUUAAAAUAUCUUCCAAUUGUUUGGGAUGGUUGGGACUUUUUGUACCAAAAAUAAACAUGCCAUGGCCUGUACACUAUUAAUUUCGUCGUAAUUGAAAUACAGUUGCUGUAAAUACAGAAAGUCAGAUUUAACUAAAUUGUUUCCCAUUAUGUGGAUAUGGGGAAGGGAUCCGGUAAAUACAUGCACUGAAUUUUGUUUUAGCAAUCAGGAUUUUUUUAUGUUACUAGUUUGAAACAGCUUGAGUUUGUCCAUGCCACAAUAAAAAAAUAUUCACAUUCCA